AUGAACUUUAUCACCGAAAGGCUCGCUAACUCAUUAAAGCUCAAUCAACGGAAAUGUUCGGUCCCAAUCGGAGCACUCAAUACGCUAUCGACGACCUCGAAACGCUACAUCACGGCCACGAUCACCUCUAUUGACGGCACAUACGAACGCAACUUGACGUUCCUGAUCAUGCCGACUAUCGCGUCUUGGGUCCCAAACCAACCCGUAGAUCGCUCAACGAUACAGGUACCUAAGAACCUCCAAUUAGCCGAUCCAAGAUUCCAUAGACCUGCUCCGAUCGAAAUAUUGUUGAGCGCCGGACCAACACUAGCAUCACUCUGUGUUGGCCAACUUGAUAUCAGUCAAGCAAACGGGCCCGACUUGCGUCUGCAAAAGACAAGAUUCGGAUGGGUCAUCGGGGGGAGCCCUACCUCACAAUCAUUAGCAUACGCAUUUCACACCUCCACGACGGCUUUACAGGCGGACCUCGCCCGUUUUUGGGAAAUCGACGAGGGACCGCCCACCGCACGAAUUUCGGAAGCGGAACGACAGUGCGAGGAGCACUUUCGAAAGCACGUUCAACGCAACAACGAAGGGCGAUACGUUGUCGCUCUCCCAUUCAACGAAACAACUCCUCCGCUUGGAUCUUCGAAAGCCAUGGCAAUGAAGCGACUCACGUCCCUCGGCCGUCGAUUCCAACGAGACAAACAAUUCGAAGCCGACUAUCACGCCGUAAUACAAGAAUACGUGGAAUUAGGACAUAUGACGAAGAUGACCACGAACCACUGCACGGACGACGGAUAUUUUCUGCCACAUCACGGCGUGAUCAAAGAAUCCAGCCGGACUACAAAACUCCGAGUUGUGUUUGACGGAUCUGCACCAACCACCACCGGAGUCUCAUUAAACGACGUACUUCAUACGGGACCGAAACUACAGGACGACAUAUUUCUUAUCCUUUUAAGAUUUCGUUUUCAUCAGUAUGUCAUUACAGGCGAUGUCGAAAAGAUGUAUCGCCAAUUUCUUGUACGCCCAGAGGAUCGGAAAUUCCAACAAAUCUUGUGGCGCAACUCUGACGGAGAAGUUGACACCUAUCAACUUAACACAGUGACAUUCGGGCUGUCAGCGGCCCCCUAUCUAGCCAUUCGGUGCCUCAAACAACUGGCAGACGACGAGGGACAUCGGUACCCACGAGCAGCGAUGGUCUUACAGCGAGACUUCUACGUCGACGAUGUUCUCACAGGAGCCGAUACAAGGAACGAGGUACAAUUACUGAGAACGGAGCUCAUACAAUUGCUUAAACUAGCCGGCUUGAACAUUCGAAAAUGGGCAGCGAACGACCGGGAACUGCUACGAGGACUUUCCGAGCAGGAUAUAAACGAUAAGCUGCUACUAGGCGAAUCGCAAACUUUCAAAACUCUGGGUGUUGUUUGGAAUUCCGGUGACGAUUCGAUCCUAUAUUCCGUCAAAAUCAAUCCUACCGCCUCUCGAAUUACGAAGAGAACAAUCAGCUCCGAAAUUGCCAAGAUCUACGACCCUCUUGGAUUACUGGCACCAGUGAUCGUUCGCGCUAAGAUGUUGCUCCAACGACUUUGGACUUUAAAACUUGACUGGGACGAAUCUCUUCCGGCUGACGUACACACAGAAUGGAGCAAAUAUUAUUCACAGCUACCUUUGCUAAAUAACGUGAAGUUUCCACGAAAAACUAUAAUCCAGCCUGCAGCGAAAAUUGAAUUACACGGAUUCUGCGACGCCAGCGAAAGGGCGUAUGGGGCAUGCGUCUACCUUCGCACCAUCGCUCCGGAUGGUCAUGUUUGGACACGACUCCUCACUGCAAGGUCAGAGGUGGCUCCACUCAAAUCACAAACCAUUCCAAGGCUGGAACUGAGUGGAGCACUUCUUCUCGCAUCAUUGGCCACUACAGUCCUUCAAGCGUUACCAAGCAACAUUCCUCGGACCGUCUACUGGACUGAUUCUACAAUCGUUCUACACUGGAUUAAUACAUCACCUCACACACUGAAAACCUUCGUCGCCAAUCGUGUGACAGAGAUUCAACAAAAGACUCACACCUCAGAUUGGCGACACAUCCCCACUACCGAUAACCCUGCAGAUCUCAUAUCUCGAGGCCAAUCACCCCAAGACUUCCUGCGAUCUACCAUUUGGCAACAUGGACCAGAAUGGCUCCAACAAUCUGAAAAAUACUGGCCGUCGUGGAACCCAGUACCAUUAGUUGAAAUACCAGAGCAAAAGAAGGCAACAUGUCUGUCCGUGACUCCGCCUGACCACAGUCUACUGGAGAGAUAUUCUUCUUGGCCCAAGCUGAUGAGAAUUGCCGCUCGUUGCCUCCGAUGGAGGCAAAAACAGGAUCGAGGGGGACCUCUAACCACACAUGAUUUAACCAAUGCGCAUAACAAAUUGGUCAAAUUGUUACAACUCUGUUAUUUUCCAGAUGAAAUACGUACUCUCCGAACAGAUCGAAACUCUGCAGUGAAGGGGAAGCUGCAACGACUCAAUCCAUUUCUGGACAAGGAUGAGAUAUUGCGAGUCGGAGGCCGACUCAGUCAUUCACCAAUGCCCUUCACUCAAAAACACCCAAUCAUUCUACCCAAAUCCUCAGUUACAGCACUCAUAAUCGAGCAUGAACACCUCCUAAAUCUCCACUCCGGAACUCAAGCUACCUUAUAUGCCUUAAGGAGAUCUUACUGGCCUAUCGACGGCCGUAGUCAAGUUUGGAGCACGCUGAAGAAGUGCGUACGUUGCUGCCGAGCCAAUCCACCUCCAGUAGAGUACGUAAUGGGCGACCUUCCAGCUGCACGGAUAACGGAAUCUCUUAAAGCAGUCCACCUCGAGCUGGUCACCGAUCUCACUAGCGAGGCCUUCAUUGCUGCUCUGCGAAGAUUCAUCGCUCGCCGAGGAUUCUGUGUAACAAUUUAUUCUGACAACGGCACCAACUUCGUUGGCGCCAACAAUGAAUUACGAGAGCUCCGAAACCUCCUGCAGUCCGACGAUCAUAAGGUAAAGAUUCAGUCCUUUUUAGCCGAUCGACGAAUCGAAUGGCACUUCAUUCCUCCCAACUCACCUCACUUCGGCGGGCUGUGGGAGGCUGCGGUGAAGUCCUUCAAACGACAUCUCAGACGUGUCGCAGGUAACGAGCUCUUAACAUACGAAAAUUUGAACACACUGAUCAUUGAAAUCGAGUCUAUCCUCAACUCCCGUCCUCUGACUCCAAUAUCAUCUGACCCAAACGAUCUUCUUGUCCUUACUCCCGGUCACUUCCUCAUCGGAGAUGCACUAACAAGCUUUCGAGAACGAGAUUUCCGGGACACUCCAUCCAAUCGUCUCUCCAGCUGGCAACAUAUUCAAAGGAUCAAACAACAUUUCUGGCGCCGUUGGCAUCGAGAAUACCUGAACGAGCUGAACAUCCGAAAUAAAUGGAGCAAGGGCAGUCACGACAUCCGAGUAGGCACCGUAGUAGUCCUCAGGGAGGAUAACGACGUCGAAAAACUGGGAAUCUAAUUGGGUUUCACUUUUGGAGGGAGAAAUUUCCAUAAUGUGUCACUGGGUCAAGGUCAAGAACCCAUAGCGGAAGAAGCCAUAGAACUUUCCGCGAACGAAGGCCACUGGGUAAUUUUGCAAAAUGUCCAUUUAGUGAGGAAAUGGUUGCCUACAUUGGAAAAAAAGAUGGAACAGUGCUCGGAGAAUCCACAUGAUGAUUAUCGUUUGUUCAUUAGUGCGGAACCCAGUCCUGAUCCUCAUGAAUCAAUAAUACCUCAGGGUAUACUAGAAUCAGCCAUAAAGAUUACGAACGAACCACCAUCUGGAAUUCAAGCGAAUAUUCACAAAGCGUUGGAUAACUUUACCCAGGAAACUUUGGAGUCCUGCAGCAAGGAAACCGAAUUCAAAGCAAUAUUAUUUGCACUUUGUUAUUACCACGCUGUACUUGCAGAACGUAGAAAAUUUGGGGCGCAAGGAUGGAAUAGGUCCUACCCAUUCAACUUCGGUGAUCUAACAAUCAGCGUAUCUGUAUUAUUUAAUUACCUGGAAAAUAGUAUCAAAGUACCUUGGGAGGAUCUUCGUUACUUAUUUGGAGAAAUAAUGUAUGGAGGUCACAUAACAGAUGAUUGGGAUAGAAGACUAUGCAAGACAUAUUUAGUAGAAUAUUUGAAAACGGAAUUAGUCGAAGGUAUAUAUGAUAAUUCACAAUAAUAUUUCCAAUGUACUCGAUUUAUUAAAUCUAUUUUUAAGUACAAUUUUUCUAUAAAACUUUAAGUUUGUAAAUACUUUAUUGGUCUCUUCUUAUAAUAAUCAAAACUUUUUAAUAUUGAAACGAAAUAUGCUUUAUAUCAGUAAUUCUUUACUAUUUAAUGAUUACUA